UUGACAGGCGAAGCGUUUCCUGACGCCUACGAUGGCGUUCCAAAGAGAGCGUACGAUGUCCUUAGUCUACUUGCACAAGAGCUCCCCAAAUUGGUCAACACCGCAGCUGAACCUUCCGUUGCGGCCACACAAGCAAUCGGCUCUCCCAGCAAGAAGCGAAAACUCAGCACGGAGAACUCAGCAGUCGCCGGCCCCCAUAAUACACCAUCGAACCCUUGUAUCCAGUCAUCAGAUGCAGUAAUCGACACCUAUUUCAGUCACAUUCACCCUUGGAUCCCGAUGAUACACCAAGGUCGUUUCUCUCAGGGAAGUUCUGGUGCCACAACACGAGAGGAGACUUGCACCCUGCUUGACGCCAUGACAGUCGCUGCUGCAAAAUUUGUGCCAGGUAAUAAAUUGACGUCCGAGAGCAAGACGAGCCUUCGAAAGCGGAUAUUUGAAAAUGCCAUAGCCCACUCAUCUCUGGCAGCUCUCCAGGCAUUGAUCAUUCUGGCCUUCGAUGAUCUAGGAAGUGGCAACAUCGACCGGGCAUGGCAGACACUUGGCUUUCUCACAAAAACCACAAUCUACAUGCAAAUCUCUCAGGAGCCGGAUGACCAGAAUCGUCAUCCAUUUUGUCAGCCUGUCCGGCCACUCCGUCCUACUGAUGACUUCACGACAACGGAAGAGCGACGCAGGAUUUUUUGGAUAGCUUUCCUCCUCGAGCGAUGUUGCGCUGUCACCACAGGCUGGCCUACAUCAACAUAUGCCGAUGACAUUCAUCGUCGAUUGCCUUGCGAUGGACAUCUGUGGCGGAAGGAAGAGUUGGUAGUUACGCCCUACUUCGGCACAUGGGACAAAUGCAGAAGCACACUGGAGCUGUCCACGAUAGGUGCUCUCGCCUAUAACAUCGAAGCGACCGACUCCAUGAGCCGCGUAAUGUCCUACGUCUUGCAGUCCCGAGUAGAUGUGCGAGACGCCGUUCAAAUUACCGCCUGGCUUGGUCGCUUCAAGGAGCUCGACUCACGCCUGGUGCACUGGAAACUUUUGUUGCCGCAAAAGUGGCGAGCUAAUCCCAACAUGACAAGGCAUGUUCCGCUCAUGGAUCCGAAUUUGACGACAGCACAUCUCACACACAAUGCUACCAUGAUUCUGUUGCACCAGAUAAUAGCAUACGCUCCACCUCACUGGCAUUUUCGGAGUCGGCUGCCUGUGGAUUGCAGUGUCGAUGCUUGUUACUUGGCAAGUGUCGAGAUUGCUUCCAUUGCAGAAAAGUACAUCCACAGAUCUCUUGCUGAGUCGCCAAUGAGUAGUGCCUGUGCCUUCUGCUUGUUCAUCGCGGCGCGAGUUCUACUCAUCUGGUGGCAAUCGAACGGGAACAACGGCCUGCCCUCUGAAUUUUGGUCCAUCCUGCGGAGCCUGGACGAGAUGUCUGCACGGUGGACUGGAGUAGCGGCCGCCGGUCUAAAGCAAGACAUUUUCGCCAGGUACGCUACAAGGCUAAGACAACUUCACAGUCUUUGUGUCUCAAAUCUCUCGUAUCGUAUCAACGUCAUGUAUUGGGCUUCGGAAGCAAAUCAAGAUUUCAGCCUGUCGUUAGCACUAGCCACACAACCAACAAGAUCGGACUCGGACAACAUUCCUUCCGCAGAGCCACACGCGGCAGAUUUCGACGCAAUUAGCGGACUCAUGCUGGAUCAAGACUUUGCCGACCUGGAUCGUAUAAUUGCAUUCGAUGACGGCAUGAUGUUUGCUGCAACGCUCGAUACAACCUCCGCUAUGUGGUAA